UGCUGCCUCCGGUGUCUACCUCUACAGUAACAACUACUUGGACCCUAAUGACUUUGGCGCUGUCAGGGUGGGCAGAGCUGUUGCUACGGUUGGUUUUUUUCCUUUGGGGGGUAGCAGAGGAUUACCUGUAGGUGUUCUGUAGGUGUGGCAGGUGGGCGUGCGGACAUGUCAGCUCUGUCUGUAGUGUGCAUCCUCGCAGACCUUCACUCCUGUGCAUGCAGCCCUAGCUACUCGGCAGUCGAACACAGGAUUAUACAACAUCUCUGCUCUGAAGCUGCUACAUCGAGGCUCCAUGUCCUACUGUAGCGAUGACUCAGAGGGGCAGGCUCCUUGGAAAACAAGGACAGAAGACUCUGUGCAGAGAGGACUUUAGCAGUUCAGUUCUGCCUGCUGUCUCUCAGCUUCCUGUCUGCUAUGAUGUAAAGUCCUUGGGAGGCCUCCUUACCACAGGUUCCCACCACCCUGAUGUUCUUGCAAGAAUGUGGGGCCAAGUGAACUCUGACUGAACACUCUGAAACCAUGACUCAGAAGGAAUCCUUUUUAGAAAAAAGCUUCUGUCAGCAAACUUGAUCUCACUCUGAAGAACUAAUCUGAGGAGUUCUGGAUUUGGCAUUUACAUGUGCAUUGUCUGGGGCUGGGAGAGCGCUUGCUAUCCAUCUCCAAGCAGAGAAUCUGAUUUGAAUAUUUGACUAUAGAUGUUUUCUCUGACAGCUGUCAUCAGCUAUGACUACCUCACCUCCCUGAGGAGUGUCCCUUAUGGCUCCGAGGAGUAUUUGCAGCGUCGAUCCCAGGUGCAUCUCCGCUCUGCCAGGCGUCUCUGUGAGCUCUGCUGUGCCAACCGGGGCACUUUCAUCAAGGUGGGCCAGCACCUGGGGGCACUGGACUACCUGCUGCCGGAAGAGUACACCAGCACACUGAAGGUGUUGCACAGUCAAGCCCCACAGAGCAGCAUGCAAGAGGUCCGGCAGGUCAUCCGAGAAGACCUGGGCAAGGAGAUCCAUGAUUUGUUCCUGAGCUUCGAUGACACCCCUCUCGGGGCAGCCUCCCUGGCCCAGGUCCACAAGGCGGUGUUGCAUGAUGGUCGGACAGUGGCAGUUAAGGUCCAGCACCCGAAGGUUCAGGCUCAAAGCUCUAAGGACAUUCUCCUGAUGGAGGUGCUUGUCCUGGCUGUGAAGCAACUUUUCCCAGAUUUUGAAUUCAUGUGGCUGGUGGAUGAAGCCAAGAAGAACCUGCCUCUCGAGUUGGACUUCCUGAAUGAAGGGAGGAACGCGGAGAAAGUGGCCCACAUGCUCAGGCACUUUGACUUCCUAAAGGUUCCCCAGAUCCACUGGGAACUGUCUACCAAGAGGGUGCUCCUGAUGGAAUUUGUAGAGGGAGGUCAGGUCAACGACAGGGCCUACAUGGAGAAGAACCAGAUCGAUGUGAAUGAGAUCUCCUGCCACCUGGGCAAGAUGUACAGUGAGAUGAUCUUUGUCAAUGGCUUUGUGCACUGUGACCCCCACCCAGGCAACGUACUGGUGCGGAAGCGUCCUGACACGGGCAAGGCUGAGAUUGUCCUCUUAGACCAUGGGCUUUACCAGGUGCUCACGGAGGAGUUCCGCCUGGACUACUGCCAUCUGUGGCAGUCUCUGAUCUGGACCGACAUGGACAGGGUGAAAGAGUACAGCCAGCGCCUGGGAGCUGCAGACCUCUACCCACUGUUUGCCUGUAUGCUGACAGCCCGGUCCUGGGACUCAGUCAAACGGGGCAUCGGACAAGCUCCAGUCAAUGCUACUGAGGACUCAGAGAUUCGCAAUAAUGCGGCCUGCUACCUGCCCGAGAUCAGCCAGCUCCUUAACCAUGUGCCUCGCCAGAUGCUGCUCAUCCUGAAGACCAAUGAUCUGCUCCGCAGCAUUGAGACCACCCUGGGCACGCGCUCCAGUGCCAGUUCCUUCCUCAACAUGUCUCGGUGUUGUAUCAGGGCGCUGGCUGAACACAAGAAGAGGGAUGCCGGCUCAUUCUUCAGAAGGACUCAGAUAUCUUUCAGUGAGGCCUUUAGCCUGUGGCAGAUUGACCUUCAUGAACUUCUGCUUCGAGUGAAGGCCUUGAGGCUAGCUUGCUGGAUCUCAGCUCUCCUGGGCUGGCUGACUCGGGCUCCACACUGAAUGUGAUGGACUUUCCCUGCCCCCUCCUAGUGUCUUUCCACACCUCAUUCUUUCCUUGACACUGGGACUACCCACUGACCCAUGUCUGCCUAGGGUUGGCCUGUGGUCCCAGAAUGGUCAUCCAUGGCACCAUCAUGCUCUGCCAUUGGAGGCCCUGCCUUGGGGUGGCCUUGUCUUGAGGUCCUGGAAUGUCCUGGAGAGUGAGGUUCUUUCCUCUAGGGAGGGGAUAAAGCAACCUCUCUCCCACCUCCUGUGUGUGCCAUUGACUUGGUCAUCUGUACUUUUAUGAGGACUGUGAGAAUGGACCAACCACAUGUGUCACCACAGGGCCGUGUUUACCUUGUAGGGAAUAAGUAGGAUCUUAGACCUUGCGGAGAACAGACUUUGUAUUUUUGCUGCAUCACUCCCAAAGUUGUCCCACCUCAGUGAGGAAGGCUGCAUCUGAGAGGGAACAACGAUGCAGCUGUGGGCUCAUGCUGUCAUGGUAACACCUUCAGUGUUAUAAGUAUUGUAUAUAUUGGUUAUUGUAAUAAACCCUUUCAAGGUUGCAGGGACUGUCCCUUCUGAAUCAAUGUCUCCAUUUAGACUUUGAGUUGCUCUUGCUAGCUGCUUCCUUGGGAAACCCCUGGGUUUCUCAGAGAGGCCUAGGAGAGUGAAGUCUGGUUUGGUUAUAGAAUUUAUUUGCUAGAUUGGGAGCAAUCCACAUGGGUCACAGUAGACUUAAACACCAUGUACCCUGAGACCUUGCCCCCAGAAGCCAUGCAGGCUAUAAGACUCCUGCCGAAGUGGAUGCUCACAGUCAUUUAUUGGAUGGAACACAGGGCCGGCCCCUAAUGAAGGAGCUAGAGA